CGCCGCCGCCGCCAUGCCCUCGGCCAAACAAAGGGGCUCCAAGGGCGGCCACGGCGCCGCGAGCCCCUCGGACAAGGGCGCCCACCCGUCGGGCGGCGCGGAUGACGUGGCGAAGAAGCCGCCGCCGGCGCCGCACCAGCCGCAGCCGCCGGCGCCACACCAGCCCCAGCACCCGCAGAAUCAGGCGCACCGGGGCGGCCACCGCGGCAGGUCCUCGGCUGCCGCCGCCGCGUCCUCGGCGUCCUGCUCGCGCAGGCUCGGCCGGCUGCUCAACUUUCUCUUCUACCUCGCCCUGGUUGCGGCGGCCGCCUUCUCUGGCUGGUGUGUCCAUCACGUCCUGGAGGAGGUCCAGCAGGUCCGGCGCGGGCACCAAGACUUCUCCCGUCAGAGGGAUGAGCUGGGCCAGAGCUUGCAGGGCGUCGAGCAGAAGGUACAGUCUCUGCAAGCCACCUUUGAGACUUUCGAGUCCAUCCUGAGGAGCUCCCAGCAUAAGCAGGAUCUCACGGAGAGAGCCGUGAAGCAAGGCGAGACCGAGAUCAACCGCAUCAGUGAAGUUCUGCAGAAGCUGCAGGAUGAGAUCCUCAAGGACCUGUCGGACGGGAUCCACGUGGUGAAGGAUGCUCGGGAGCGGGACUUCACGUCGCUGGAGAACACGGUAGAGGAGCGCCUGACGGAGCUCACCAAGUCCAUCAACGACAACGUCGCCAUCUUCACCGACGUGCAGAAGAGGAGCCAGAAGGAAAUAGACGACGUCAAGGCGAAAGUUUCCUCUCUGGAAGAAUCCAACGGGGAUCGCCAUCAGGACCUGAAGGUUCUGGAGGAAGCCGUGAAGGAGGUGCAGGCCUCUGUGACGUCCAGGGAGAGGGACAUUGAGGCCUUGAAGAGUUCCCUUCAAGCCAUGGAGUCUGACGUCUACACAGAGGUCCGGGAGCUAGUGAGCCUCAAACAGGAGCAGCAGGCGUUCAAAGAGGCGGCCGAUUCGGAGCGCCUGGCUUUGCAGGCCCUCACAGAGAAGCUGCUGCGGUCUGAGGAGUCCUCCUCUCGCCUCCCAGAGGACAUCAGGAAGCUGGAGGAAGAGCUGCAGCAGCUGAAGGCCGAGGCCCGUGGGCCAGAGGAGGGCACCGUCUUCAAAGACUCCAAAGCCUUAGACGAGCUACAGAGGCAGGUGGAGGGCCUGGGUGCCCGGCUUCAGUACGUGGAGGAUGGAGUGUACUCCAUGCAGGUGGCUUCUGCGCGCCACACUGAGAGCCUGGAGUCGCUCCUGUCCAAGAGCCAGGAGUAUGAGCAGCGCCUGGCUGUGCUGCAGGAACAUCUGGAGAGCCCGGGGUCUACAUCCGACCUGGCCAGCACAGUGAGGAGCCUGGGGGACGCCCAGCUGACGCUGUCCAGCGACCUGCGGGAGCUGAAGCAAAGCGUGGGUGAGCUCCCCAAUACUGUGGAGUCACUGCGAGGGCAGGUGCGCUCACUGCUCAGCCAGGACCGAGCCCUGCCUCCUCAGGACUUCCUGGACAGACUGUCCUCCCUCGACAACCUGAAAUCCUCAGUGAGCCAGGUGGAAUCAGACUUGAAAAUGCUCAGGACUGCCGUGGACAGUUUGGUCGCCUACUCCGUCAAAAUCGAAACCAACGAGAACAACUUGGAGUCCGCCAAGGGCCUGCUGGAUGACCUGAGGAGUGACUUGGAUAGGUUGUUUGUGAAGGUGGAAAAGAUCCACGAGAGGAUCUAAAUGAACUGCGCGCGCAGGGUACAAGUUUAUAGUCCGGUUUCUUACGACCAAAAAAUCCAAACAGACAGACAGACAAAACCCCAUUGUUUUCUCCCAGGUGCCCUCUCCCCCUUCCUGUCCCUCCCUCCACGGAAAGCAGCAGCAGCAGCAGGAGCACCACCACCGCAG